CGCUGAAAACAAAACACAAAACCUCAGAUAAAACUCCAUCCUCUCCAACAGCCGUUCUUCUACAGUUCUCAAGAGAGGAGAGCCGGUAGAAACACAAUCAGACAGAAGCGAAGAAGAUUUUCCCAAAUGCUGGAAUCAUGAAGUUUAUGGCUUCAAACGCACUAAAUUCCAUACAAUUAUCGCAUCCAAUCCUUCCUUCCACCACAUCUCUCGGUCGAAUUCAGCUACUUCCUUCAUGUUCUUCUUCGUGUAGCAACCAUGGUUCAGCUACCAAAACUCGUUCCAGACACCGCAGUAUUACUUUCCCUAAGUUCCGACAGCACAGAGUUUUCACUCCGAAAGCUUCAAGUUCGGAUACAGACGCGGUGGUAGCAUCCGCAAAUGUAGAGGAAGACGACGAGUCUGCUCAGCUAUUCGAGAAAUUAAAGGAUGCUGAGAGACAACGGAUAAAUAAGUUGGAAGAACUUCAGAGGAAGGCGAAUUUGCAAUUAGAAAGGCAGCUUGUAUUGGCUUCUAGUUGGAGUAGGGCCUUACUGACCAUGCGUGGAAAAUUAAAGGGAACUGAGUGGGAUCCUGAAAAUUCGCACAAAAUUAAUUUUAGUGAUUUUUGGACACUGCUUAAUUCGAGCAAUGUCCAGUUUGUUGAAUACUCAAAUUACGGUCAGACAAUGUCAGUCAUUUUACCUUAUUACAAGGAUGAAACAGGUGGAAGUGCGAAGAACGAAAUCAUUUUCCGGCGUCAUGUGAUUGAUCGUAUGCCGAUUGAUUGUUGGAAUGAUGUCUGGAAGAAGUUACAUCAACAAAUAGUAAACGUUGAUGUAAUUAAUGUGGAUGCAGUCCCUGCAGAAGUCUAUUCAUCUGUUGCCACUGCAGUGGUUUGGUCUAUGCGGCUAGCACUCUCUGUUGCAUUGUAUCUUUGGAUUGAUAACUUGACGAGGCCAAUAUAUGCAAAGUUGAUACCUUGUGAUUUGGGAGUGCCAAAAACCUUACCUAACCUACCUAUCAAACGCAGUUUACUUGGAUCUUUAGGGAAGAGUCGGGCAAAAUUUAUAUCAGCAGAAGAAACUACUGGAGUCUCUUUCAGUGAUUUUGCUGGGCAGGAGUACAUAAAGCGGGAGUUGCAAGAGAUUGUACAAAUUCUCAAAAAUGAUGAAGACUUCCAAGACAAGGGCAUCUAUUGUCCAAAAGGAGUACUACUCCAUGGGCCUCCUGGAACUGGUAAAACCCUGCUAGCUAAAGCUAUCGCUGGUGAAGCUGGACUUCCAUUCUUUGCUGCAAAUGGAACGGAUUUUGUAGAGAUGUUUGUGGGAGUGGCAGCCUCCCGUGUGAAGGAUCUUUUUGCUAGUGCCAGAUCAUAUGCACCUUCCAUUAUAUUUAUUGAUGAGAUAGAUGCCAUUGGUAGCAAACGUGGUGGACCUGAUAUUGGUGGAGGUGGAGCAGAAAGGGAGCAAGGCCUACUUCAAAUAUUGACCGAGAUGGAUGGAUUCAAGGUUUCUACUGCACAGGUGCUAGUUAUUGGUGCAACAAAUAGACUUGAUAUUCUUGAUCCUGCUCUGUUGAGAAAGGGCCGUUUUGAUAAAAUUAUUAGGGUUGGAUUGCCAUCAAAAGAUGGAAGAUUGGCCAUAUUGAAGGUACAUGCGAGAAAUAAAUUUUUCCGUUCCGAGGAGAAUAAGGAGGCCCUACUUGAAGAAAUUGCUGAGCUAACUGAGGAUUUCACUGGUGCAGAAUUGCAAAAUAUACUAAAUGAAGCUGGAAUUUUGACUGCUAGAAAGGAUCAGGACUAUAUUGAACGUGAAGAGUUGCUUGAAGCAUUAAAAAGGCAAAAGGGUACGUUUGAAACUGGUCAGGAAGAUAGUACUGAAAUUCCGGAAGAUUUGAAACUAAGAUUGGCGUAUAGGGAAGCAGCUGUUGCUAUUCUGGCUUGCUAUUUACCAGAUACCCACCGCUCAUUCAUUGAGACAAAUAUAAAGUCAAUCCGUAGUCGGCCAAAUAUGCAUUAUGAUGAAACUCCAGGGAGAGUGUUCUCAAGAAAAAUAGAUUAUGUUAAUUCCAUUGUGCGUGCAUGUGCUCCACGGGUAAUUGAGGAGGAAAUGUUUGGGAUUGAUAACUUGUGUUGGAUCUCUUCAAAGGCUACGACAGAAGCUGCAAAGUUGGCAGAUCUUUUGAUUCUGCAGACGGGGAUGACAGCUUUUGGUAAAGCAUACUACAGGCAUCCUGGCGAUCUUGUUCCAAAUCUUGCACCCAAACUUGAAGCACUUCGUGAGGAAUACUUGCGUUAUGCUGUGGAAAAAUGUUUUUCUAUUUUGAGAGAAUACCACUCCGCUGUAGAGACAAUCACAGAUAUUUUACUUGAGAAGGAAGUGAUUAAAGCUGCGGAAAUUUGGGACAUAUUUGAAAAGGCUCCUCGACUUCCACAGCCUUCUGUGCGUCCAAUUGAUGAACAUGGAGCUCUGCUUUAUGCUGGACGGUGGGGAGUUUAUGGAGUUACACUGCCUGGAAGGGUUACAUUUGCACCUGGAAAUGCUGGAUAUGCGACUUUUGGUGCCCCUCGACCUAUGGAGACGCAAGUUGUUAAUGACGAAACAUGGAAACUAAUUGAUAAUAUCUGGGACAAAAGGGUUCAGGAAAUCAGAGCCAAAGCUUCAGAAGAGGUUGAAGAAGACAAAGAGAAGCCACAACUUCUGAUGGCCAGUCAUUUCCUUUGAAUCAAUUGUGAUGGUUUUUGUUUACAGAGUCUUGCAGAUCGUAGUGGGAUCCUUAAUAUUUGCCGUAAAUGCCAGAUUCCUGAAGGUCUGGAAAUUUGCAUCCUUGAUGAUCAUGUUUUACGCAGAUGAGGAAGCUUUGAAAAAAUGGCACAUUUUAGAAUUGUAUUUGCUGGAGACUUCGUGGCAAUAAAGAUGAAGCAAUAAUUUUGUUUUUAGGCCGUGAGAAGUAGGUGAAGUUAAGUGGCUUCUGCAGAUUAUAAGUGAGUUGCUAGAUUUGCCUUUCGGCCUGAGUUAGCAUCAACGAGAGGGGUAUUUGUUUGUAUUAUUAUUAAAUUGUAUCAUUUGUUCAUCGGGUCUUCUGAAUUUGUGUUUCGUUCACAAAGUUUUGUACACACCACAUCUUAUUAUUCAAUGAGAAAUGCUUUUUUCCUUUCAUCGGAAGAAGGGGAUUCUGAUAA